AAUUAACUUUAUAUUAUAAUAAAGGUCCACAAAGUACCUUGUUAUUUGGCCAUACCGUUCAUCCGCUUGCUGCUGCCGUCCGGCCAACCAGUUGUCCUAACAACACUGAACUCCCAGGGCACUUCAGACUCCAGUGUUACACAAGUGAAAAUGUUAGGUAACUUUAAGCAGGCGUCAAGUAGCAGUAGCAGCUUACCAGAGCAGCUAUGGAGCGUAAUGCUUCUUCAUAUGCCGCUCAGCCGCGACCUAGGCCGCCUUUAUUCAACUUGUUCGGCUGCAAGGGCAGCACUAAACCAACACCUGGCAGCCAUACGCGACGACGUGUCCUUGGGAGCCGAGCCCCGCCAUCCCAUCCCCAUGCUUGUCCCUCCCUCCGCCGGACCGCUCAGCCCUCCACCAGCACCCCUUGACUUCACCUACCUACAUGUUGGCGCCCUGGACUGCGGUCUUGGGAUGUCCAACGAUGGCUGCGGGGGCUGCGACGAGAACUGUUGCUGCUGCUGCAACACUGGCGCUGGAGAGAUGCGCGAUCCUGCAGACGCAAACCCUGGCAGCAGCGGGAGCUUAGGCGGCUCAGCUACAAAUGGAGCUUCGGAAUCUACUUGCAGCCUAGCAGCUUCCCUUCCUGCUAGGAACCGCAGCCGCAGCGAUGGCGGCGGCUCACACAGGGCUUUGCAGCGGAAGGCGGUUAGCAAGGCAUGCGGCUGCGGUGUUGUCAUGCCCGGCGGCCGACCGGGCUAUAACCCGGAGACAGGCGUGUUGUUGCCGCCCCUGCGGCAGGAGGGCCAGGUGAAGGAGACGACGGGGCGCAGCGCCGCCCAGGCGGGGCCGGGGGCCUACCUGCUCGAGUGCGGCCCGGCGUGUGCGUGUGCGUGUGUAUGCGGCGGGGGGGAGUUACCCCGGGGCGCGGGGAGCUGCCCCGCCCGCCUGACGCAGGGCGGUCUGGCGGUGCGUUUGCAGCUGAGGUGGCUGGUGGGUAAGGUACGUUGGAGGCAGUUUGGGGAGGCGGGCAGGGCGGUGAGGUGAGCAGGGCGGCGUUCUGCCGCUGUUAGAUGUCUUGCGUGAAAAGACACGCUAGCAAGCCAUGCACGCAUCCUGCCUCCGGGCCUCCACACAUGGGCC